GUAGCCGCUUUCUACGGCGAUCGCCGUUAUCGGCUUCUUGGCGGUCGCGUCACGAAUACGAAACUUGCAACCUUCCUCCUUUCUGUCUUUCUAUCCGCUUUUAAGCCGGUGUUUGGUGAAUGACUGGCCGGAGUUGCAGAGUGAGCAGGAAAAACGUUUCGUUCCCCGUCUUUGCGUGCUUUUUGAACGCUCCGAGUCCGUUCUGAACGAACCGCCAUGAAUCCGGGCAACAUAGCCUUGGCCAAGAAGUACGUCAAGCCGUCGUACGUCGUACAGGCCGGACAAGCCAUCGGCGCGCACGAAUCCAAGGUAUCGCAGUUGCUCGAGCAGGGUCGCAUCCCCGACGACGGCUGGGACGAUGCCACCAUCGAGCUCAUGCUCCAUCAGCUCUCGAUGAUGGACAGCAACAACUUCAUCGGAAACUCCGGCGUCGGCGAACGCGAAGCUCGCAUCGCGUCGACUCUGGUCAGCCGCCGCCACUACCGCAUGGGCCACGGCAUCGGCCGCUCCGGCGACAUCUGCGAAACGCAGCCGAAGGCGGCCGGCUCGAGCCUCAUGAACAAGCUGACAAACUCCAUGCUGCUUCACAUGCUUCAGGCGGCCGGCGUGCCCGCUGCCAAGUCGUGCUUCAUCGUUCCCAUGGCGACCGGCAUGUGCCUGUCCCUCUGCAUGCUCGCCUUCCGGAGGCAGCGUCCGCAGGCGCGCUACGUCGUCUGGUCCAGGAUCGACCAGAAGUCGUGCUUCAAGUCGAUCCUCACCGCGGGCUUCGAGCCGGUCGUCGUCGAGCUUCUGCAACUCGGCGACGAGUUGCAGACGGACAUCGCGGCCAUGCGCGCCAAGCUCCGCGAGCUCGGACCGAAGUCGGUCGCGUGCGUCCUCACGACGACGUCAUGCUUCGCGCCCCGCGCGCCGGACAGCCUCGAGCAGGUGGCGCAGCUGUGCGCCGAGUUCGACGUGCCGCACCUCGUGAACAACGCGUACGGCGUCCAGUGCACGAAGUGCAUGCACCUCAUCCAGCAGGCGUCGCGCGUCGGUCGCCUCGACGCGUUCGUGCAGAGCACGGACAAGAACUUCCUGGUUCCCGUCGGUGGCGGCGUCGUGGCGGGCUUCGACAAGGCGCUCGUCGACGGCAUCGCGCAGACGUACCCCGGUCGCGCCUCGGCUGCCCCCACUAUGGACGUGUUCAUCACCUUGCUUUCGCUCGGCCUGUCCGGUUACAUGAGGCUGCGCGACGAACGGCGCGGCAUGUUCAAAUACCUGCAGGAGAGUCUCGCCAAGGUGGCCGAAAAGCACGGUCAGAGGGUCCUGCGCACGCCCAGCAACCGGAUUUCGAUGGCCAUGACCGUCCCGGCUGGGGACGCCGACGCCGUGACGGGCAUCGGGGCCAUGCUGUUCACCCGUCUCGUUUCUGGCGCUAGGGCCGUGCCCACGGACCGAACGGAACCGAAAAAAGUGGGCGACUGGACGUUCCAGAAUUGGGGUUCGCACUCCAACUGCUACCCGUCUUCUUACCUGACGGCGGCCUCUGCCCUGGGCCUGCAAAAGGAAGAAGUGGACGUGUUUGUGCAAAAGCUGGACAAGGUACUGACCAAAGCAAACAUGGCAGCUCGCCACACAACAAGCAUGCUGCUUUUGCGUAAAAGAUUCUACCGUUUAAUACGGCGGGUGUUCCCUUCUUUGGAGUACGCAGACCACGAGAAGGUCAAGCGACGGCUCAGUUUUGUUUACGCUGUUGCAGCAUGGCAGGGCUUUGCGUUGGUGCUCUAUGUAAUCUACAAACGCAGGGCACCGAAAACCGAAGAAGGAGCCAUCGACUACCCAAAGAUGCUUGCAGGAGCUCAAAAGAAUGCCCACAGCGGCACGAUUAUUUAUUUCGGUCGUGGCAAGCUUUCCAAGGAGCACCUUACUGAAGAGGACCUGGCCAAGAUUCGAGAACAGAAGGAAGCAGCCACAAAGACGGAAGAACAUGAGCCAGCCAGUGCUUAGCAUUACAGCAUAAUAGGGUUGCAGUCUUUGUGAAUACAUGCUACAUCAUCUUGUCAUGAA